CAUUCCCGCUCUCCAGUCUCAAUUCCAUCGCCAAACUUCCACUUCCAUCUCAUCUCCAGCAUCACGAUACCCCUCGACCGACAUAGCGGUUACAGUUUCAUCUCGGUCAUUACCAAUCCCAACGGAAUUCGAGAAAUAUCGAUUCAUUAUCGACUCCUAACCGACCACGCGCAUCUUCACCCCGCCAUUCGCACCACCAUCUCGGGCUUCCACCAGCGCCUGCCAGACACUCCAACAUGUCAACAAUAGCCACCCCGCGCGACACAGGGACGCCCCUCUCGCGGCGCAUCAACUCCUCCCAAGCCCUCAACAACUCCAACACAACACCCACCUCCUCCACGCGCCCAAGCCUCGACGUGCCCCGAUCCGCCUCAAGCUCGCCCAACCCUUCCGCCGCCCCCGCCGCCGCCGGCAAACGCGCCAACCGCGCCGCCCUGCGCGAGUACUACAACCUCAAAAAAGCCCAAGCGGCCUCUGGCACGGGUACCUCGACCCCGAUCCUUGAAGUAACCUCCACCCCACCAUCACCCGACCCAUCAUCCAACAAUGGCAAUGGCGGCUUCCAACAAUCCCUGUCCUCAUUCGACUCCAUCCCCGCCUCGCCCGUCCUCGACUCCCCCGACUUCUCGGCGCAACCGUACCUGUCCGAGCUCCUACAGUCGUCGACGCUGGCCGAACUCCUCAAGACGUACGCCCGCAUCCUGUCGGAGAUCCGCGCUUUGGAUGCCGAGAAGAAGGCGCUGGUGUACGACAACUACUCGAAGCUGAUCAGCGCGACCGAGACGAUUCGCAAGAUGCGCACCAGCAUGUUCGACUCGAACUCGUCGACGGCCGACAAGCUGGAUCCCAUGGCUAGCACGCUGGAUGCUGUGUUGGGGAAGGUGUAUGAGCUUGCUAGCGGGAUUAGAGGCGAGCUUCGGCAGCGGUUGUCGGAGGGUGGUGGGGGUGGGGAUGGGAACGAAAAUGCUGCGGAGAGACGGAGGGAGACGGAGCAGCUGCAGGAUAGGGAUCUGCUGGAGGGAAUUGAGGAUGAGGAGGAACGGAGGAGUAGGAAGGAGAGGAGGGAUAGGACGAAGGAGCUGGCGAGGGAAGUGGUGAGGGUUCCUGAGCGGUUGAGGGGGCUGAUGAAGCAGGGGAAGAAGGAGGAGGCGGCGAGGGAAUGGGAGAUGCCAAGGCGGUUGUUGGAGAGGUGGAAGGAGAGGGGGGUUGGAGGGGAGGAUGUGGGGAGACUGUUGGAGGAGGGUGAUGCGAUAGUUAAAGGGGAGGAGGGGAAUAGGACGUCAACAUAGGGAAUGUUGGGGUGUAACAAAGGGUUGAUGUUUUGUUCUUCACUUUCAAGCUUGGGUCGAUCCGGCGAGGCUUACGUUAAGAGGUGUCUUUACAUACCAAAAUACCAGGUGUAGGGAUAAUUGGGCUCUCGGCAAACGGGAGAAGUUUAUCAAGA